GGUGACCAACGUACUGCUCUUCUGCACAACAUGAAAAGAUUAUCGGCACAUGUUUCGAGCACACAACUUCGUAUUCACGCUAUCUAGCUAUUAUUACUGUUACGAUUAUUGCUUCCGCGCUGUCGUGUGGGAAAAAGAAAAAGAAAAUUUUCCUUUGCUUCUCAACUUCAUUGAGCUGUAGGUCCCCACAGCAAUGAGCAGCGACGACGAGUGCCCUGAGCUGAUCUCGGCCCGUGUUCCCGUGACGGUGCUCACGGGAUUUUUAGGGAGCGGCAAGACAACCCUGCUGCACUACAUCCUCUCCGCCAACCAUCACAUGCGGAUUGCGGUGAUUGUGAACGAGUUUGAAUUUGGAAAGACGAUCGAGAAAGGUUUGACGUUGAAGAGUUCCCAGAAGCCGGAUGAUGAGUGGCUGGAGCUCAACAACGGCUGCAUGUGCUGCACCGCGCAAACACAAACCGUGAAGGCGCUGGAGUCGCUCAUGCAACGCAAGGGUACCUUCGACUUAAUUCUGGUAGAAACCUCAGGACUGGCGGACCCGGGCCCGAUUGCGUCCAUGUUUUGGCAAGACAAGGCUCUCUGCGGCGCCCUCUACCUCUCUGGUAUUGUGACCCUGGUGGACUCGGUGAACAUCCACAAGUACCUGCAGGACCCCGAUGUCCAAAAGGAAGCCACACGUCAGAUUCUCAUGGCAGAUAAGGUGGUGUUGAACAAGUGCGAUAUCGCGUCUGCAGCGCAGCAGCAGGUGGCAUUGGCGUGCGUGCAGCAGAUCAAUCCCGUUGCGGAGGUCAUCAAGAGUGACCACUCGCGCGUGUCGAACUUGCGCGAGAUUCUCUUCAUCGACACAACGCGAAGGGCGCCGGAGCUGCAGCACCUGCACGAGCACCACCACUCCUCCAUCACAGCGGUCUCCCUCGAGUUUUUUGAAGCCGAGCACGCUCUCGCCGUCAGCUCGCCGCGUGACGUCGACACGAUUUGCAAAGAACUCUUGUACAAAGGGCACGAGUACGGGUUUGAGGUGGUACGGUGCAAGGCUGCGAUCUGGUGCUGCGAGAAGGGCGAAUACAGCCUCCUGCAGCUCCAGAGCAUUGGUGACUUGUUCGAUGUGACCAGGAUGGAGGGCCGAAGUGUUCCUUUCGGCUGCACUCGCGCGCUCGUGCUGGGGAAAAAGCUGGAUGAAGAAAAACUGAGGAGUAUCUUUUCGAAGCAUCUGAAGUCUUCGGCGUAG